AACUUGAUCCAUUUUAGAAUAAGGCUGUAGGUAACAAAAUGUGGAAAAAGUCAAGGGGUCUGAAUACUUUCAGAAUGCACUGUAUAUCAAUAUUCGAAAGUUGAUAUGAUGAAUAUUGAUAUUAUUAGCUAUAAAGUUACCUCAUGAAUGGCUACUUUGUAACCCACUGUCCCAACCAAGUCUCUUGGGUGGAUUCUUCUUCUCCUCACCCCGACACUCCGUAACCUAGCAACGCGGGUGCAAGUGGAUCCAAGAUGUAGACCUCUCCGUGGAACAAAGCUUUGCGGAUUGAAAUGGGGCCGGGUGAAGCAGCAGUGGUGACUGGGAAAAACAUUCUCUGCCCUUCCUUAAUCAGUUCUCAGAAAAUACAUGUUGUAAUAGUUUAAGGUAAAAAGGAAAGAAGCAGUAACCAUGGGAAGAUGCUUGCUUAUUAUUAGCUAGGUUUAUUUGUCAGUUUAAUGAAUGAGUACAUUUCCGAUUAUAAGCAAUUUCAUGCUAGUGCUGUGUUGGACUUAGUUUGGACGAUACAUUUUGUGCAUGGGACCGUAGCCAGCCCCUGUACUUAUGCCGCACAUCUGAUAUCAUGGAUUGUAUAACCUCGGGUCGAGAAUCUAAUGACCAGCAGCCGACCUGUGACCCCGAGGAAGAUGCCAUGGAUGUGGGGAUGCACACCUUCAACCACACCCAUAUGAGAAAGGCAUUUCAGCUGAUGAAUGACAUGAGGAGUAAGAAUAUGCUGUGCGACGUUCUGUUGGUGGCGGGAAAUGUAGAGGUGACAGCACACAAGUUGGUGCUAGCCUCCUGCAGCCCCUACUUCUGUGCCAUGUUCACAGGGGACAUGAGUGAGAGCAAAGCCCAGCAGGUGGAGAUCAGGGAUGUCGAUGGCCAAACACUAAAAAAACUGGUGGACUAUAUCUAUACAGCUAUGAUUGAAGUAACGGAGGACAACGUUCAGGUGCUCCUGCCUGCAGCCAGCCUCCUGCAGCUGAUGGACGUGAGGCAGGUGUGCUGCGAGUUCCUGCAGAGCCAGCUGCACCCCACCAACUGUCUGGGCAUUCGAGCCUUUGCCGACCUCCACACCUGCACCCAGCUCCUCAACCAGUCUCAUGCCUACUCUGAGCAGCAUUUUUCCGAGGUGAUGCUGGGAGAGGAGUUCAUGGGCCUGUCUCUGCAGCAUGUGUGCGGUCUCAUAUCCAGCGACAAACUCACGGUGUCCACAGAGGAGAAGGGAAUAGAGCAGGAGAGUGGAGGAGCAGGUUGGAUGAGAAAGAGCGAGGUAUUUGAGGCCAUUGUUGCAUGGAUAAAGCACGACAAGGAGGCUCGUCUGGAGCACAUGCCAAAGCUGAUGGAGCACGUUCGUCUGCCACUACUGUCCAGAGAUUACCUAGUACAGAUAGUGGAGAAGGAGGCCUUGAUCAAGAACAACAACUCCUGUAAGGAUUUCCUGAUCGAGGCCAUGAAGUACCACCUCCUACCCGCUGACCAGCGCCACCUCAUCAAGACCGACAGGACACGCCCACGCACGCCUAUCAGCCUGCCCAAGGUGAUGAUAGUGGUGGGUGGGCAGGCUCCUAAGGCCAUCCGUAGUGUGGAGUGCUAUGACUUCCAAGAGGACCGCUGGUACCAGGUGGCUGACCUGCCGUCCAGACGCUGUCGAGCAGGUGUGGUGUUUAUGGCAGGGAGGGUGUACGCUGUGGGAGGCUUCAACGGCUCGUUGCGAGUCAGGACGGUGGACAUGUACGACGGGAUGAGAGACCAGUGGACCACAGUUCCCAGCAUGCAAGAGCGGCGCAGCACUCUGGGGGCAGCCGUGCUGGGGGACCUGCUCUACGCUGUGGGGGGCUUCGAUGGGAGCACAGGCCUGUCGUCGGUGGAGGCCUACAGCUAUAAGACCAAUGAGUGGAUGUUUGUUGCUCCCAUGAACACGAGACGCAGUAGUGUCGGAGUGGGAGUGGUGGACGGGAAGCUGUAUGCGGUGGGUGGCUACGACGGGGCGUCACGGCAGUGUCUCAGCACGGUGGAGGAGUACAACCCAGUCAGUAACCAGUGGGGCUACAUGGCUGACAUGAGCACCAGACGCAGCGGGGCAGGUGUUGGGGUGCUAAGUGGGCAGCUGUAUGCAGCAGGGGGUCAUGAUGGGCCCCUGGUGAGGAAGAGUGUGGAGGUGUACGACCCACCUAGUAACACCUGGAGACAGGUGUGUGACAUGAACAUGUGUCGGAGGAACGCUGGUGUGUGUGCUAUAAACGGACUGCUGUAUGUGAUCGGAGGAGACGACGGCUCGUGUAACCUCUCCUCAGUGGAGUAUUACAACCCUGCCACAGACAAGUGGAGCCUCAUCCCCACCAACAUGAGCAACGGCCGAAGCUAUGCAGGUGUAUCCGUUAUAGACAAACCUUUAUGACUAUCAGGCCCCGAUGGCAGCAGGACCCCACAGCCACAGGUAGCAAUCAAAGGGAGCCACACAGACGUCUGAUUUCACAGUCAACUCCAUGGAGUAACACUAGCCUGACGGGUGGCUCAGGAGGGAGGGAAACCCCAGCCCGGACAGUGCUCUGCAGAGCGGAGCUGCUGUCUCAGCCCUGUAACUCUAACUGCAUUCCUUCUAGGCAGAGUGGACCUGAGAGAGACAUUGGCUUCCAUGGUCAAAAUGACCCCAAGACUCAACAAAUCUGCCUGGAUCAGAGUGUCUUAAGACUGGAGGGGGCCUGUUUUCCUGCAGCCUCACAGGGGGCCAUUUAGCUACAUUAGUAUUAGGAGGGCCUCACUCCCCUCAGACUCCUUACAACUGAUCAGAGGGGGAAAUAAACUGGCCUUGUUUUAAGGGAUCGACUAAAUGAGCUAUGACCAAGAAGAAGGUUGUUGAUUGGCCUGGGAAACUAGACUGCGGUCAGUCUGCGGCAUGGGACUGUGACCGUGCAGACACACAUUGCGCUAACACAAGCCUCUCAAACCGACAAUGAGCUCUGGUAGUGUUGUAGUACUUGAGUCUGACUCAAGUCCCGAUUUUCAUAACUUGUGAUUCGGACUUGGACUUGGACUCGCCUUCUGGUGACUUGUAUUUGCACUUGGACUGACUGGAUAGGCUACUAUAAUAAGGAGAAUAUUAGCAGCACUGGGUGAGCAGAGCAUCGAGGGUUCUGUUCUCUAGCAGUGGGAAGGACGCGCCACACACAGCCUACAUCAGCUGGUGAGCUGCGGGGGAGCACGACCGGAAGGCGGGCUACGCCUCCAAUCAUUGGCCGCUACACAUCGCGCAAGCAACUUUCUUGUUUCCCCGUAACCACCAGUCAUCUGCUUACUAUUUAGCUUUGCCUGGUUAAGAAACACAAACUGCUUUAUGAAAUGUAAAACAGUACUAGUGUUGAGUUUAAUAGUAAACAACAGUGUAGCUAUUUGUCUCUCUCUACCCUGAGGAUAGAGAAGUAAGCUGUCUUUGAAUUUGUUGUCUCGCUCUAGCCGCCCACUUUCCCACCUGCAUCCCAUCGCCAGGGAUGUAUUCAUUACGGAAACUGUUUACUGUUUAAGAACCAGGGGUGUAUUCAUUAAGGAAACCAUUUACCGUUUAAGAACCAAACAGAGAAAACGAAACUGGGAGGGAACUACCUGAAUUUGUCCAAUAGAAACUCUUGUUUGCGGUUUCCAUUUGGAGUAAAUGAUUUUGAAAAGUUUUACAACAGAAUUGGUUUAAUGGUUAUACCCCUGGUUCUGACAAGUCUCCCUUUUAGUUUUCAUUCUGCAAUAAAAAACCUACUCAAAUAUCAGUGGGCAGUAGCUGAGAGCCUGACUUACCAUUAAGUUAUGUAGUAAAUAAGUAGUGAAACACAUGUAUAGAGUAGAACUUGUGAGGUAGUGAUGAUUUGUAAGUGAGUUGAGUUAUUUUUCAUGAAGGAGUGGUAUAUACUGCCAUCUGGUGGCAACUAGAAACAAUUGCUUAAUAAGACCUAUUAUAAAUUGAUGGACUAGUGACUUGACUCAUGACUCGAACUUGGACUCGACUCGGACUUCAGCCAUAGGGACUCGUGACUUGACUCGGACUCGAGCACAGGGGACUUGGGACUCGAGGUUUAGUGACUUGACUACUGAUGUAGAAAUGCACUGAUGAUCAGGUCAGUCUUCUGUUCUCUAUUGGAGACCUAUGGACUGCGGCACUAUGGUCACUACCAAGGUGAAACCAACAGGCUUUCACUGUCUGCAGCCUGAGUGGGCCCUCCCUUUUUAAUACCACCUGGACCACUGGUCUGAAGAACUCAGCAGGCAGACUGGAGGACCAACCUGGACCAGCAUUCACCAGGAGCCACAUGCCUCAAGUACAAUUUCCAAUUUUAAAUCGAUAUUGUAUUUUUUUCUCAUAUUGGAAUUGGCUGCAAUGGGGCACCGUGUUAAUGUAGUGUUUUAAAUGCACUGUAAAGACAACUGCAAAGUGAUAACUAACAUGCAGUCAGUCUUGACUUGGCAUAUUCUAUGUACCAUACUGCUCUCAUAAUGUGUCUGGGGGUUUGUUCACAAACCUUGUCUCUCUCUGAAGGAGACGUGCCAAAUUGAUGCAAAAACAAAGUUAGACAAUGAACACCGUGUCCAAGAAUGAAUGGAUUAUCACCUUUUUGUUUUGUAUUAAGCUAAUUUACUGUAAUAUGACCAAAAGACUACUUUACAACUUCUGGAUCAGGUCCAAUGAUUCUGGUUAACAUUAUUUCAAGCUCAGAACAUCUUUUACCAGGGUUGGGUUAAAUUACAUUUCAACUCUCAUUAAUUCAAGAAGCGAACUGAAGUUCAAUUCAUGAAUUAAAAAAUCCUCUUUGAAAAUAUAAUUAAGCCACGAUUAAAUGUUCUCUUUUUGAAUAAUAAUGAAUCUCUUGACUUGAAAUGGAAUUGACCCCUACUGUCUGUUUCUAUGCCUAGCCUAUACUGUCAUUUCUUUCACUGAGAUUCUGGUAUUUUAAAUGAUUCUACAUACUGCACAAUCUGUAGGUUUACUAUGGUUAUGGUUAGCCACCCCAGAGCAAUGUUGAAAUAUGCAGGACAUAGGCAACUUGUAUAAUGUUAAGUAUAUUAAAUAUUUUAUCAAGGUCAGUGAAAUAUUUUCUAAGGUUUAUUGUGGAUAUUAAAUGAUAGUACCACCUUUUGGAAUUCUCUUGAGCAUCAGUCCUCUGUUCAGGGAGUGGUUCCAUUUGGGAACAUGGUUACGGUGAUUCCAUUUGGGAACAUGGUUACGGUGGUUCCAUUUGGGAACAUGGUUACGGUGGUUCCAUUUGGGAACAUGGUUACGCUGGUUCCAUUUGGGAACAUGGUUACGCUGGUUCCAUUUGGGAACAUGGUUACGCUGGUUCCAUUUGGAAACAUGGUUACGCUGGUUCCAUUUGGGAACAUGGUUACGCUGGUUCCAUUUGGAAACAUGGUUACGCUGGUUCCAUUUGGGAACAUGGUUACGGUGGUUCCAUUUGGAAACAUGGUUACGCUGGUUCCAUUUGGGAACAUGGUUACGGUGGUUCCAUUUGGGAACAUGGUUACGCUGGUUCCAUUUGGAAACAUGGUUACGCUGGUUCCAUUUGGAAACAUGGUUACGGUGGUUCCAUUUGGAAACAUGGUUAUGGUGGUUCCAUUUUUCAUGUGAAUUUCUAGAACAUCUGCCUCUCGUCAUAGAACCAAGGUCCCCUCCAAAUCACCAUGAGCAGACUUACUUUACACUUUCAAUGCUACUGAAACUAACCUGGCUUUUUAUUCACUUGGACUAUGCAGCUGACUGUGAGCCACCAUUGUAAGAUGUGGAUUGGUAGGAGAUGUGUGUGUGUGUUCGUGUGUGUGUGGGACUCAGACUGGGAGUGUAUGAGGAUGACAUCUGUAGUUGUCAGUGACUUUAUUAGUGAAUGCCAUCAGCUCAGCAGCCAUGUUUGUGGCUUUGUACAUUACAUUUCAAGCCACUUGUCAUACGGAAUGUAGGGCUACUUUCUGUAUUGGUGGGAAUAGUGAUACACCACGUAUUUCUACUAGCUGUAUCUACAGCAUGUCACUGACAAUCCUAGACUGAGCAGGGUCACAGGGAGAAGAUCUCAAUUGCAUACUUUGCGUCCUCUCUCCUUGUCUCCUUCUCAAAACCCAUUGGAUGAGAAAGCCAGAGGACCCUCCCCUCUGACCUUCUCAUCCAAUAGUAUUUGAGGAGAGAGGACGCAAGGAGUAUGCAAUUGAGAUCUUCCCAGGGUCCCUGUGGAGAGGUGCAGACAGAGGUCAGAGGUGGACCACUCAGGGACCUGCACUGAACCUGCAUAACAACACCAGCCUGGGUUUACAGACCAUGGGUGUCCAAAACCCUGUAUGGCCUUACUGCUUCCAUUCCACCCAACCUGUCCUCAUAUAUCUUCAGCUGCUCGGUUUAUGACCAAUAAAAAUGGCCUUGCAUUUUAA